AUGAAGGCUAAUCGGUGGGGAAAAAUGCGUCCUCUACUCAGCUUCCCUCUUCUUUUCCAUUUUAUUUGCUUCUUCCUCCUCCUUCUCUGUUUCCCUUCAACCCAUGCCCAGUUCCUGCCAGAACCUAGGGCAGGACAAGGCCUGCUGCUCUUCACCCAGCCUGCCUAUAAUGCUUCUGUCUUUGAGAACUCUGCUACAAGAACCUAUACGAGAAGUGAGGUCAAAAUGGGCAUCAUUCUUGCGCCACCUCGGUCUUUAGACAUAAAAUAUUCUAUUACGUCUGGAGACAAUGAAGGAAUCUUCCAGGCUGAGGAGUUUGUAAUGGGAGAUUUUUGUUUUCUCCGUAUACGCACUAACGGAGGCAGCGGUGCCACAUUGAAUCGGGAAGUACAGGACAAUUACACACUGACUGUUAAGGCAUCUGCCCAAGGAGGCCUAGAGGCUUUAGCCACUGUUUACAUCAAGGUCUUGGAUACCAAUGAUCUCCGACCUCUCUUCUCCCCAACCUUUUAUUCCUUCAUCGUCCCUGAGAGCGCCCCCCUGGGUACCAGCAUUGGACGUGUAACAGCCACAGACGCUGACGUGGGCUCCAACGGGGAGUUCUAUUACUUCUUCAGGAACAGAGUUGAACUCUUUGCCGUUCAUCCGACCAGUGGAGUCAUCACUCUGACGGGUCAGCCCAGGGUGGACAAACAGGACCGAUUUGAGCUGGAGGUUCAGGUGGUCGACAGAGGGAUGAAACUCUAUGGGAAUAGUGGUAUUAGCAGCACGGCUAGGCUGAUCCUAACUGUGGAGCGGAUUAAUGAAUUUGCUCCUGUUCUCACUGCAGUUGCUGUCGUUCCAUUGUGGACGGACAAGGACCCAGUCUAUGCCAUAGUAACCGUGGAGGACAAAGACGAGGGUAUAGCUGGGGAUAUUGAGUGGGUGUCCAUCAUUGAGGGUGACCCCUUGGAACAGUUUGUGGUUGAUCGAUCACCUGUUGGAAAUGAGUACAGGGUUAAAACAUCAGAAUUUGUCGACUGGGAUACAUUCCCCUAUGGCUGCAAUAUAACCUUUCAGGCUAAAGACAGGGGUAUACCUCCUAAGUUUUCUAAUAUCCAGGUUGUUCAGUUGUUGGUUACAAAGCCAGACCCAGUGUUGGCGAAUUUUGAGAAAGAUGUUUAUGAAGUCAAGCUGAGUGAAAUAGCUCCCCCAGGCACUAUUGUAGAGGUGGUGAAAAUCUCCUCAGCUUCUCUGAGUGUCAAUUACAGUUUCAGCGGCCUCUCAGAUCCAGUGUACUUUGACAUAAACCCUUUGACUGGAGUUAUUAUGACCACAAGGCAGCUCACAAGUAUAUCACAGGAUUUCAUAGUGAUGGAGGUGGUUGAUAUUAUCAGUCAGCAGCGAGCAAGGGUCCAAAUCACCAUAGAGGAUGCUAAUGACAACUCUCCAGUGUUCAACAGGCCAUUCUAUGAUAUUUCAAUCAACGAGAGCUUACCUGUAGGCACUGUUGUUCUUGUAGUGUCUGCUGUGGAUUACGAUAAAGGAGAGAAUGGGUUUGUAACCCACACAAUCAGUGGUGAGCAGUCUCUGCCAUUUACCGUAGACCAAGAUUCAGGUGAGGUGAGGAUAACAAGAGACUUGGACUUUGAGUCGUCAGAUGAUAUCUAUAUUUUUGCGGUUCGAGCAUCUGACUGGGGUUCACCUUACAGAAGGGAGAGUGAGGUUAAUGUCACAAUUCGUCUGAUAAAUAUCAAUGACAACCAGCCUCUUUUUGAGAGGGUUUCUUGCAGGGGGAUGAUAAGCCGUGACUUUCCUGUCAGCCAGACUAUUGUGACCUUGUCAGCUGUAGACAUGGAUGAGCUGGGAAUGGUGAAGUAUAAGAUAUUGUCUGGGAACGAGUUAGACUAUUUCAACUUAAACCCAGACUCUGGGGCUUUGUCACUGAAAAGAUCGUUAGCAGUGGAUAAUUUAAAAAAUGGGAUUUUCAACCUUAAAGUGGUUGCAACAGAUGGAGAGAUGUUCUCUGAUCCUACGUUUGUGAAUGUAUCUGUGGUGAGGGGUAGGAUGCUACCCAGGGGGUUCAACUGCAAAGAGACCAGGGUAGCCCAGCUGCUGGCAGAAAAAAUGCUCUCAAAAGCGUCUGCAAUGGCUAGACCAAGACCAGAUGACAGAUAUACAGACCUCUUCUCUAUGAACAAACAGGCUCCACAGUUUGAGGCCUUGCCUACUAGUAUUCUGGUGAGAGAAGACCUCUCUGUCGGUGCCAGUGUAUUUCAGGUGCGAGCACGAGACGGUGAUACAGGUUUCAAUGGCCAUGUUCUCUUUUCCAUAUCUGAUGGUAACAAAGACAACUGUUUCAAUAUCAACAUGGAGACUGGGUUGAUAACCGUGCUGCAGCCACUUGACCGUGAGCAAUUGGAUCGUUACUUCCUCAAUAUCACCAUCUACGAUCAGGGCGUUCCUCCGAUGUCCAGCUGGAGACUGCUCACUGUGAUCAUUGAGGAUGCAAAUGACAACGACCCCCAGUUUUAUCAGGACAACUUCUCGGCUCUUGUCUCAGAAAACUCUGCCAUUGGUACGGAAGUUAUUACUAUCAUUGCAUUUGACAGAGACAUGGGUCAAAAUGGACAGCUCUCCUACAUAAUGCUGACCAGUGUCCCUCAGUUUGGUAUUGACAGUGAAACUGGAAGUGUAUUUGUUGCUAGCUACUUGGACAGAGAAACGUUCCCAGUGUUCACAUUGAAGGUUGAAGUGAGAGACAAGGCUGAACGAGGCGCUCGACGGUCGUCAGUGACCACUCUUAGUAUAAUAGUGGAUGAUGUCAAUGAUUGCGCCCCAGCUUUCAUCCCUAGCAGCUACAGUGCUCGAGUACUAGAAGACCUCCCACCAGGGGCUGUGAUUACCUGGGUUCAGGCUCAGGACCCAGACAUUGGCCCUGGUGGGCAAGUCAGAUACUCCUUGAUUAAUGACUUCAAUGGCACUUUUGAGAUCAAUGCUGUGAGUGGGGUGCUGAGGAUUAGAAAGGAGCUGGACUUCGAGAAACAACAGUUUUUCAACCUGACAUUACUUGCUGAGGACAGGGGCGUACCUAGCCUCAGAAGUCAGACGUUUGUGGAGGUGGAGGUGGUGGAUGUCAAUGAGAAUUUGUAUGCACCCUACUUCCCCGACUUUGCCGUGAGAGGCUCAGUGAAGGAGAACUCUCGCACCGGCACAAGUGUCCUGACAGUCAGCGCUAAGGAUGACGACAAGGGACGAGAUGGUGUAUUGAGGUACUCUGUCAGAGGAGGCAGCGGACUCGGCACUUUCACCAUUGAUGAAGACACAGGCGUGAUUUACACUGCUGGUAUCCUGGACUGUGAGACCAAAGACUCCUAUUGGCUUACAGUCUAUGCCACAGACAAAGGGGUUACACCCCUGUCAGCUUCGAUUGAAGUCUUCAUCCAGGUAGAAGAUGUGAAUGACAAUGCUCCCCUCACCUCGGAUCCUAUCUACCACCCAGUCGUAAUGGAGAACUCUCCAAAGGAUGUGUCAGUCAUCCGUAUCCAGGCGCAGGACCCUGACCUCACUGCCACACCCAGCCGCCUGAGUUAUCGCAUCUCUGCUGGCAACCCGCAGAAUUUCUUCUCUAUCAACCCAAAAACAGGGCUGAUCACAACAACGGCGAGGAAACUGGACAGAGAACAACAGGCAGAGCACUUCUUAGAGGUGACAGUUAUAGACGGCCCGGUGACCACCCGCCAGUCUACUGUGUGUGUUAUAGUUCACAUCGAGGACCAGAACGACAACCCGCCCACCUUCCCGGAAGUCACCUAUCGCAUCAGCUUGCCGGAACGAGAUCGCAACAAACGCGGUGAACCGGUCUACCGAGUUUUUGCUUAUGACCGUGACCUGGGAGCCAAUGGCAACAUCACGUACAGCAUUGUGGAUGGUAAUGAGGAUGAAAAGUUCAGUAUUGACCCCAGGACUGCUAUGGUGUCAUCAAAGAAGAUGGUGACAGCGGGAAGCUAUGAUAUCCUCACUAUAAAAGCGGAGGACAGUGGUGAUCCCCCAUUAUGGUCAACCGUCAAACUCCACGUGGAGUGGAUUCGCAAACCUGUCCCCUCGCCUCUGCCCCUAAUGUUCACCCAGCGGUACUACAAUUUCUCGAUAUUGGAGACGGCUGCUGUAGCUCAGCCAGUGGGAGUAGUCGCUGUCGGCCAGUCGAGCACACCUGUCUGGUUCAAUAUCAUCGGUGGACGGCUCGCCAGAGAAAUGUUCUACAUACCGCAGAAUGCGUGUGGAAGAAACUGCUCACUUGACACAGGGAGUUUUGACAUGCAGUUUGACCUUCAAGUCGGGGUGGGUACUAUAGUUGUGGCCAAGCCCCUGGAUGCAGAGGUGCAGUCUGUGUACAACAUGACUGUCCAGGUGACAGAUGGGACCAACUUUGCCACAGCACAGGUGUUCAUCCGGGUACAAGACAGCAACGAUAACCCUCCAGUCUUCUCACAGCCGGCCUAUGACGUCAGUGUCUCGGAGGACGCGCCAGUUGACAUGGAGCUACUGCGUGUUAGAGCAUCAGACGUGGACGAGCGUGCCCGUUUGAGCUUCUCCAUCUAUGGCAGUGUGGACCCAGCCAGUAUGAGACUGUUCAGGGUCAAUCCUGGCACAGGAGUCGUCUACACUGCAGACAGGCUGGACUACGAGGCCAGAACACAGCACAUCCUCACUAUUAUGGUCAAGGAUCAGGAAUUUCCAUUUAACCGUGACCUGGCUCGUAUCCUGGUGGCGGUGGAGGACUCCAAUGAUAACAUCCCCUACUUCACCAGCACCGUUUAUGAUGCUGUGGCCUUCGAGUCUUCUCCCGUAGGCACUUCUGUACUGCAAGUGACAGCUUUAGACAAAGACAAUGGGAUUAAUGGACAACUCACGUAUACUAUAGAAGCAGGUAACACCCGUGGUGUGUUUGGCAUCGAUAACGCCACAGGCCUUAUCUUCAUUGCCCGGGACCUGGAUCACACCUGUGUGGGCUUUUACACCCUCACUGUUCGCGUCACAGACAGUGGAUUUCCUCCAUUAAUGGCCACAGCUUCAGUUCGCAUCUCCAUGAUACUCUCCGACUUUUCCAAACCCAAAUUUUCUCAGAAGGAGUACCAGGCUGAGAUAAUGGAGAACAGCACUAUUGGAACGUAUGUGACCACCGUCAGCGCCCUCAGCCGCUCAGCACUCACGUAUGAUAUCAACAGGGGCAACGAGGAGCGCCGCUUCUUCAUUAACCAACACACGGGUGUAAUCAGCACACGCAAACUACUUGACUUUGAGCAAACAACAUCCUACUUUCUGGUGGUGCAUGCCCUGAGCAUGGCUGGGGUGGAGGCCAGCACCACUGUCAUCGUCCAGGUGGGGGAUGUCAAUGAUAGUCCACCUGUCUUCCAACAAAUCAGGUAUGUGGGCGAAAUCAGUGAGGCUGCUCCACUCAACAGUGUGGUCCUGGGAGAGGAUGGUAGCCCUUUAGUCAUCCAGGCAACUGAUAGGGACCGAAAUCACAACGCCCUGUUAGUGUUCCAGAUCAUAGACGACACUGCUCGCAUGUUUUUCAGCGUGGAUUCGGGGACUGGAUCGAUUCGAACGAUUGCCAGUCUGGACUAUGAGACCUUCUCCAAGUUCCUCUUCCGGGUCCAUGUCAGAGACAGUGGUCAGCCUCCUAGGAGUGCUGACAGCCCAGCAGAGGUGCUCAUAAAGGUGAUCAACAUCAAUGACUCACCUCCAAAGUUUUCCCAGGACACCUACGAGGCAGUCCUCCUCCUGCCAACCUACAUGGGAGUCGAGGUCCUUAGGGUUGAAGCUUUUGACCCUGAUAUCACCUCCGACCUCACCCUGAACCCUGACAAGGCCAUCACCCCCAUGCUAGUUUACUCCCUGGUGGACAACAACGCGGAGUAUUUUGCUGUGGAGCGCUACACUGGACUUGUGACCGUCAUCAAUCAGAGCCUCAAUAAAGAUCGUUACCGCUUCAAUGUGAAGGUAUGGGAUGGACGUUUCUCCAGCGUGGCGUCGGUAACGGUGCUUGUCCGCGAAGCUAUAGACAGCGGCCUUCUCUUCACCUUACCUGUCUACUCCGCCUCCAUCCCAGAGAACAUACCCAACGUCACUUUAGUGACCGUUGUCAGCACGGUCGGCCACCGCCUCAACGAGCCGCUGAAGUACACUCUGCUGAACCCCGGUGGACGCUUCAUCAUUCGGCCGACCUGUGGAGUGGUGCUCACCACUGGUGUGCCUUUUGACCGAGAGGAGAGGGACAGUUAUGAGCUGGUGGUGGAGGUCAACAGAGAAGAUGAGAUACUGAGAGUGGCCAGGGUGACUGUACAAGUGCAGGUGCAGGAUGUGAACGACAACGCCCCAGAGUUUGUGAACCUCCCUUACUACGCUGCAGUGCAGGUGGAAGCAGAGCCAGGAUCAGCUAUUUUCAGGGUCUCAACCAUCGACCAAGACUACGGUCAGAAUGGCGAGGUGACUUACAGCCUGAAGGAGCAGCACAGGAACUUUCAGGUGAAUCCUGUGACAGGAGAGCUGACCUUAAAGCGAGCUUUCGAAGCAGACUUAUCCAACGCAGAGUACAAGCUGGUUCUCGUGGCCACUGACGGCGGUUUCCCCCCUCUGUCCAGUGAGGUAGAGCUGCCUGUUACUGUAGUGAAUAAAGCCAUGCCGGUGUUUGACAAGCCCUUCUACGGUGUCACUGUCAGAGAGGAUGUGGCCAUCUCCACCUCUGUCCUGUGUAUCAAUGCCACCAGUCCCGAAGGCCAGAGCGUCAUCUUCAGCAUCAUGGACGGGGACCCGUCCCUCCAGUUUGACAUCGGCUUUGACACAGGAAUCAUUAGCGUGAUCUACCCGUUAGACUAUGAGACCAUGCAGUACUACCGGUUAACGGUGAAGGCUACAGAUACCAUGACUGGGGCAAAGUCUGAGGUCGAUGUGGACAUCGUCGUGUUGGAUGUAAACGAUAACCCGCCGUUGUUCCAGAAUAACUCGUACUCCACUGUUCUUCCCGAGAACUCCAUGAUUGGCACAACCGUGUUACAGGUGUUUGCCCAGGACCAAGACACAGAGAAGAACGCCGUGGUGAGCUACCAGAUCCUAUCUGACAUCUACAACAGCAGCGACUACUUUCACAUCGACAGUAACAGCGGACUGAUAUUCACGGCACGCCUGCUUGACUAUGAGCUCACCCAGCGCUACAACUUCAUUGUCAGAGCGACGGACAGUGGAGACCCUGCCCUCAGCAGUGAUGUUAGUGUAACUGUAACUGUUACUGACACAAACGACAAUCCACCUAAUUUCAGCCAAACGCUGUACGAAGCUUUCGUCAGCGAGCUGGCUCCGCGAGGACACUUUGUUACUUGUGUUCAGGCGUCAGAUGCUGACAUCUGUGAUGCUCAUAGGUUGAGGUACAGUAUUCUCUCAGGGAAUGAGAGGAUGACUUUUAUGAUGGAGCCAGAUACAGGGGUGCUCAGUCUGUCUAACAAGAGGAGACAAGGCAUGAAACUCUCAUAUCAGCUCAAUGUGUCUGUGUCAGAUGGCGUCUUCACCAACACUGCUCAGGUGAUUAUACGUGUCCUGGGAGCGAACCUGUACAGCCCGGUGUUCAGCCAGAGGUUCUACCUGGCUGAGGUCCAAGAAAAUGCCCCUCCAGGGUCAAAAGUCAUUCAGGUCCGUGCAACAGAUGAGGACUCCGGGUUGUUUGGCCAGAUCACCUAUUCCUUCAUCAAUGACCUUGGGAAAACUCAGUUCACCAUUGACGCAGAUGGAGUGAUAUCCACUCUUCAGAAAUUAGACAGAGAAAAUCCUCUUAACAAGGACAUGGUGCUGACCGUUAUGGCCCUGGAUGGUGGAGGCCGUGCAUCGUUUUGCACAGUGCGAGUGGUUCUUGCAGAUGAGAAUGACAAUGCUCCUCGGUUCAGAGCUGUGGAGUACCGCAUGAGCAUUAAAGCAAACGUUGCCAAGGGUUCUCUGGUCACGCAGAUCCAAGCCACUGACCCCGAUGCUGGGUCUAAUGGAAGGAUCACCUACUCCCUAUACAGCGAGGCACGCCUCUCGCUGGUUGAUGUGCUGGAGGUGGAGCCAGACAGCGGCUGGAUGAUGACUAAAAGCACUGUGGACCACCUCCAGGGGACGGUGCUUUCCUUCUUCGUCAAAGCCACGGACUGCGGCUCGCCAGCCAAACACUCCCUGGUUUCAGCCUUCAUCCACGUUGUCCCUCCAGAUGCAUUUGUUCCCUCCUUCAGCCAGCCUCAGUACUCCUUCACCAUACCAGAGGACACAGCGGUAGGAACGGCCCUAGGGUCUGUGUACAUGGGUCCCGGACAGACCGGGUUCUUCACUGUAGUUGGGGGAGAGACGUUCGACAGCAACCAGGGAGGGACUUUCCUUGUGGAGAGGGAGACAGGUCUGAUCCGUCUGGUCAAGCCACUAGACUACGAACAGGUCAGCAUCUUCCGCUUCAAGGUCGCAGCAACAACAAGAAGAGACCUGAUCGAGUCCGUCUCCACCGUAGACGUAGAGGUUAAGAUCUUAGACGUGAAUGACAACAAGCCGGUGUUUGAGACCAACACCUAUGUAGCCACAGUGAUGGAGGGAAUGCCUAUAGGGACAAGAGUGGUCCAAGUGCGCGCCCUUGAUCCAGACUGGGGCUCCAAUGGACAGGUGUCCUACAGACUUGGGCCUCUGCUCACCUCCAACGUGGAUCUGACAAAGGGGGCUCACUCCUUCAGUGGCCCCGUCACUACGAGUUCUGUCUUUGCCAUCGACAGUAAAACAGGCUGGAUCACCACCGUGAGUCAGAUGGACCAUGAAGCCUGCACCAGCUACAGCUUUGAAGUAGUGGCCUCCGAUCUGGGGGAGUCGCAGUCUCUCUCCUCCACCACAGUGGUGACCAUCACUGUGUCGGAUGUUAACGACAACCCACCGCGGUUUGAGAGGGAGCUCUACCGGGGUGCCGUAAAAGAGAGCGACCCCCUCGGCGAGGUGGUGGCUGUUCUGAAAACCAAAGACCGAGAUGGCACAGAUCAAAACCGUCAAGUCAGCUUUUAUAUCACUGGAGGAAACCCGCGGGGUGUGUUUGGUCUGGCCCUUGUGCAGGGGGAGUGGAAGGUCUACGUGAGCGGCCUGCUGGACCGGGAGCAGCAGGACUGGUAUCUGCUCAACAUCACAGCCAGCGAUGGCCUAUACGUUGCUCGCACUGCAGUAGAAGUCACUGUUAUGGAUGCCAACGACAACAGUCCCAUCUGCAACCAGGCGGUGUAUAGUGCCUCUUUUCCUGAGGACAUUCCCACUAACAAGGGCAUUCUGACAGUGGGCGCAACAGAUGCUGACUCAGGCUCCAGCGCUGAGAUUCAAUAUUCACUGUUUGGCAUCGGUGUCGAAGAUUUCUACAUGGAUGCAAACACUGGCGAGCUGCGUACGGCCACGGUCAUGGACCGAGAAAUGACACCUGCCUACAAACUCAUUGCCCAGGCAACCGAUGGGGGAGGGCUGUUCUGCCGCUCUGACAUUUCCCUCAAAGUGUUGGAUGUGAAUGACAAUGCCCCGUCAUUCUCCUCCCCUCAUUACCUGGCUAGUGUGUUUGAGAACGCAGCACCCAAAGCUUUGCUUACGCGGCUGCAAGCCAGCGACCCUGAUGAAGGUCUUAACCGUACAGUGGUAUAUUCUCUGGUGGAUUCAGCCAAGGGUUUCUUCUCCAUCGACCCAAUAUCUGGGAUGGUGAUACUGGAGAAAUCACUGGACAGAGAGAGCCGAGACUCCUACCGCAUUCGUGUACAGGCCACUGAUCAAGCUGGCCAACAGGGGGCACUGUCCUCACAGGUUGAUUUGACCAUUUUGGUGCUGGACGUGAAUGACAACGCUCCAGUCUUCCAGAGGAGGGACUACGCUGUGACUGUCCCAGAGGAUGUAGCUGUGGGAACUGAGGUGCUACGAGUUUUGGCAACCAGCGCCGACAUCGGACCUAAUGCUGAGAUCACCUACAACAUCCGGUCGGGCAACGAGUUAAGAAAGUUCACCAUAGACAGAAACCUGGGCUCCAUUUCUGUGGCGGAUGAUUUGGACUUUGAGGUGUGUAAGGACUACUACCUCACGGUUGAGGCCUGGGACAGCGGGAACCCUCCUCUCAGCACUGCCACCAUGGUUACCAUCGAACUCAUGGAUGUCAACGACAACGCUCCGACCUUUAGUCAAGACAUCUACAAUGUUCUGGUCAGCGAGGAUGCAUCGGUUGGGCAGACAAUUACAAGGGUAUUGGCAGAAGAUCUGGACAGUCAGGUAAAUGGGCGAAUCACCUACUCUAUCCUGAAAGGUGACCGUAGCAACCACUUCUGGAUUGACCCUGUAACAGGACUGCUCAAAGUCAAUAAGCGGCUCGACAGAGAACUAGUCUCCAGGUACUCUUUGUCAGUGCAGGCGUUUGACAGUGGCUCUCCUGCCAUGUCCUCCACUGUCACAGUUAACAUCGACAUCUCCGACGUUAACGACAACCCUCCUGUCUUCACCCCUGCCAACUCCACAGCCGUCAUACAGCUAAAUCAAGCUGCUGGCACCACCCUGCUGAAGCUGUCAGUCAGCGAUAAAGACUCCCCUAGAAACGGUCCUCCCUUUGAGUUUCGCAUCGUGUCAGGAAAUGAGGGAAAUUUCCUUUCCCUGGACCAGACUGGGACUCUGAGGUCCAACCGUGUAAUUGGCCCUGAAGCCCCCAGAGAGUUCACUCUUGAAAUCCAGGCAAGUGACUCUGGUAAGCCAAGUCUUACCUCUUCUUCCUGGGUAUUUCUGAGGGUCAUCGGGAACAGCCAAUACAAACCCACCGUCUCCCCCCUGGAAAUCUUCAUUGUCAUGGUAACAGAUACCUUUCAGGGCGGCCCUGUCGGUCGGAUCUACGCUACCGACCGCGACCCCAAUGACGCUCUGUCAUUUACCCAGAAGCCUCAGCCCAAGAGCAUGUUUUCAAUCAGCAGGCAGGAUGGCAGCAUCGUGGCCUUGCCGGGCCUGGAACCUGGCAGAUAUCAGAUGAACGCCACAGUGAGUGACGGACGAUUCGCUGUGAUAGCUGAUGUGUCAGUCCAGGUCGAACAGGUGACAGAUGUGCUGCUGCGUUCAGCCCUGAACUUACGUUUCCGCUCCCUGUCCCCGGAGGACUUGCUUGGUCGCUACCUGAGCCAGAUCAAACUGAUGUUACGUGGACUAGCUGGCUGGAAAUGGUCACCGGGACAACCAGAUCCCCUCCACAUACUCAGUAUUCAACCAGUGAUGGGGACAUCUGAUGUGGACUUGCUUCUGGCCAUGGAGCGGCCAGAGACAUCAGGCAGCGGACGGAUGGGUGGGUUCUACUCUCGGCAGGAGCUGUCUGCGAAGCUGGAGGAAGCAGCAACGCGGGGCCAGGUUCGAGGUGUCCUAGCUGGGGCGGUGGUGGUGAGCAGCGCUUGUUCUGGGGAGCUGGAGUGUGGAGACAGGGUGUGUGAACAGACACUGGUGAUGGAGAGUGGAUCGCCUGUAACGUACAGCACAGAGAGGGCCAGCUUGGUGUCACCAAGGUUCAGCCGUACAGACACCUGCACCUGCCCUGGAGGCACAUGCCCCACCACUGUGGAGCUUUGUGAAGGUCAGUCCUGUCCGGCAGACAUGCAGUGUGUCCGUUCUGGUCCUACAGCGCCAUCUGUCUGCCAGUGUCAGCCUGAGAGACUGGACGAGUGUGCAGGACAAACGUCUCUCAGCUUCUCUGGAAACAGUUACAUCAAGUAUAGAGUGACCGAGAGUGGCCAGAGUGGAGAGAUGAGGCUCGGCCUGAGGAUCAGAACUCUUCAGAGAAGAGGAGUCAUUAUGUUCACACGGGUUAACCCCUGUACCAUGCUCAAAAUUGAAGGAGGUCGACUCUGGUUCCAGCUGGACUGUGACAACACCCUUGGCAUUAUGGGUAUCUCUGGCAGACCAAUAAACGAUGGCCUCUGGCACGCCGUUGCCUUGGAGCUGACUAGGAACUACACCCUCCUCUCACUGGAUGACAGCUAUGUGGAGCGCCGCCGAGCAGCCAGAGCACCUGUUCGCCUUUGGCCUCUGGCCCCAGACUCUUCCUUUUUCUUCGGGGCGCAAGUGAGGCCACCAAAUGGGCAAGGCGAGAGGCCAAGUCCGGGGCCAGGGAGAAGCCAAGGAGGGCUAGGACUCGGGGAACGUGGAGCGAGGGGUCCACCAAGGGCCCAGGACGGCUUCCAGGGCUGCCUGGGCUCACUAAUGCUGAACGGCAAUGAGCUGCCACUCCAGAAUAAGAGGAGCCGUUACGCUGAGAUUGCAGGGUUGAGCGAGGUCAAGCUGGGCUGCGUGCUUUAUCCAGAUCCAUGCGUCAGUCAGCCCUGCCUCAACGGAGCCAUCUGCAGCAGCCUGCCCUCUGGAGGCUUCAUGUGCAGUUGCAGCGCAGGCUUCACUGGGGGGCGCUGUGAAACUGAGCUGACAUCCUGCAUGCCAAAUCCAUGCCAGAAUGGUGGAGACUGCAAGCCUGUCGGCAGUGCAUUCCUCUGUGGCUGUCCUAGAGGACUCGGGGGACUUAUCUGCGAUGAGGAUGUAAAUGAGUGUGACCAGGAAGAGUGCGGGAAUGGAGGGGAGUGUGUUAACACAUUCGGGUCGUUCUACUGUAACUGCUCUGAGGGAUACGAGGGUCAGUUUUGUGAUGAUCAGACACCUGGCGACCCAGGGGAUGACACGCAGGCAGAGCCCCUGUCUUACGUCGGACCGGGAGAGAUAAUUGGCAUUGGGGUCCUUGCCUUUGUCAUCAUUCUCCUCCUCAUACUCUUCAUCGCCUUUAGGAAAAAAAUCAAAUUCAGGAAAGAGUCAGACUCGGGCCCAGGGAGUCAAGCUGUGAUGGGGGUCUCAGCUAUUUCCACCGAAACCAGCUACAUGCUGCAUAAGACUGGCAUGGGGGCAGAAGGGAUUGAGUUUAAAGCUGUCCGUGUAUCAGGUUCACCAGGGACCACAAGCACCUAUGGUGAGGUGGGCAGCAGCACCGGAGGCCCUCCUCAGGUCAUGGUGCGUCCGAAUGCCCACUCUCCUUUACCGGGAGGACUCAGCAACCAGGGCAUGAGGAGUGGAGAUGGUGACAGGACCACUUCCAGCGAGGGCAGUCAGGUAUGUAAAUCAAUGCAUGGGCAUCUGAGCAGCUUCCUCUCAGACAUGUCCAAUGUCCGCGGCGUGGCCAAUAGGCGGGGCAUCGCGGUGUGCAGCGUGGCGCCCAAUCUCCCUUCAGCGUCGGCCUGCCGCUCAGAGCACAGUCCAGCCCACAAAGUGUCCUGGGAGGGCGAGGAAACGAGAGAGGAAGGGCUGGAGAGGGUGAGAGAUGAGAGAGAGGAGGAAUGGGGGCAGAGAGCUUUUGAGUUGGAGAGGACACAGAGAGAUAACAGUCCACAGGCUGCGCCAGAGCUGGUGGACGAGGUGGCAUGUCUCUCAGACUCCACGUCUGAGGAGAACUCGCUCAGUUCCUACACUUCUGAGUCCUUCGAUGACAACGCCUCCAUAGUGACAGUCAUACGUCUUGUCAAUGAUGCCGUUGAUAAUAUUGAAAGUGAAGUGUCAAACAUGGACAAAGAACAGCAGCGGAACAGCCCUGCAUACCGCUGGGAGUCUUCCUGCCAGACUUCGAGCUGGUUGUCACCAUCACGUCUGCGUCCGCCAGAGGUGGGAUCCCACUUUGACCUCAGUGACGCCCAGAACAUCAGAAGAGGAGGCAGCACGCGCUCUCUCCAGCUGGAUUACAGAGUGAUGGGCUAUAGCAGUGACAGGGGCCAAGAGCGGGGACGGGAGACCGGGAGGAGGACCUUCCAGUGGGAGAGGAAUCAGUCGGGUGAGUGGGAGAGGAAACGCAUCCUGGACAGAGAAGAAAAGAGGAGGCACGACGGGGAAGGAAAGAAGACAGGCAACCGGAGCAGGGACAUGGGAGCGCGCCAGGACCACAGAGACCGUCAGCAGUUGCACGGCCAUGACAGCUGUGAAGACAGCUCCUCGCCUGUUUACGAGGAAUACCGAGAGUGCAGCCACGACGCAGAGCAAAACGAAGACACAGAGAGCCUUUAUGACACUCUACCCCCAACCAGACGAGCCUACGAGGGAUACCCAUCAAGCCCCCCAGGCCUCAAUCUGCACCCAGCUCAACUUCUGCCCCCCCUCAGGGCGUGGGAUUUACAGACAGGAGAGUGGAGGGAAUCACAGGAGGAUCGCGGAGGACUCGGCUCCAGCACUCUGGCAGGUUCUGGUGACGAGCUAGAGAGACUGCUGAACCUGGUGUCACUCAGAGCCAGGAGAGCCACACGAAUAAACAGAGCGUCUACGGGAUCUGAACCCACAACAGGCUGGGACGGAUUUAAAUAA